AUGUUGAAAAGACAAAGAGAAACAAGUCCAGAAUCCGCUGUUAAGCAAAGAAAGUUGGAACAGAGGCUUCCUUCUUUACCAGUACAUGGAAAAAGACCUAUACUGAAGGCAGGACUGUCAUGGACGGUCAAAGGAAAGGAUGAAGGCGCCCAAGGGUCUUUCCUGUUUGACACCGGUUGUACAGGAGCUAUCCUCAACCAGAGUUUUGUCAGAAAACAUGGAAUUCCCUUAGUGAGGCGGGAUCAACCUCUGACAAUGUUUGAUGCUCAAGGAGAUGUCAUGAUGGGAGGAGGCGAGUAUUACACUCACCCGGUCCACAUGACUAUGGGAGAUCAUAAGGAGACACUCCGAUGGGAGGUGGCUACACUGGAAGAAGGAAUGACCGGUUACCUGCCAAUUAGUUGGGCUAGGAAGCAUAACCCGGACAUCAACUGGGAACUCAACACCAUGAGCUGGAGGAGUGACUACUGCAAGCAGAAUUGUCUCCCAGCGGCCACCAAGAUUGAACUGAUCUCUCCGUACCAAAUGUUGGAAGAAGAAGAGACAGUCUAUCAAUUGGUUGGUUCAGUAUGGCAUGAUGAGGACGGAGGUGAUAUUGCUGAGAAAAUACACCACCUAUACCGGGAUUGGGCUGAUGUGUUCAGUCAAGAGAAGAUUGAGGAAAUGCCACCGCAUUCUCAUAAUGAUUUGAAGAUCAAACUCUUGCCUGGCACCGCUCCUGUGAGGGAUGCGUACCAGACCACAAGAGUACACUACGCAGAGCUCAGAGUUCGGCUAACAGCUACAAAGGUAGAAGUCUCCAAGGUCUCUUCAGUCAACGCCGAGUAUGAUUCUCCUUGA